UGCCGCGGCUGCCGGGAGCCAGUCGGGAGCGCGCGAGGCGCUGGGCGACCGAGACCCGGAGCGAGAGCCGCCUACCUGCAGCCGCCGCCCACGUUCGGGCAGCCACCAUGGCGCUUCUGCUGCGCUUCGUACUCCUGUGCGGCGUCGCGGAUUUCGCCAGAAGUUUGACUAUCAUUAAUCCUGAACAGAUGAUUGAAAAAGCCAAAGGGGAAACUGCCUAUCUACCAUGCAAAUUUACUCUUAGUGAGGAAGACCAGGGACCACUGGACAUUGAAUGGCUAUUAUCACCAGCUGAUAAUCAGAAGCCGGAUCAAGUGAUUAUUUUAUAUUCUGGAGACAAAAUUUAUGUUGACUACUAUCAAGAUCUGAAAGGACGAGUACAUUUUACAAGCAAUGAUAUCACAUCUGGUGAUGCAUCAAUAAAUGUAACAAAUUUACAGUUAUCGGAUAUCGGCAUUUAUCAGUGUAAAGUGAAAAAAGCUCCUGGUGUUGCAAAUAAGAAAGUUCAACUUACAGUUCUUGUUAAGCCUUCAGGUAUAAGAUGCUUCAUUGAUGGGUCAGAAGAAAUUGGAAAUGACUUUAAACUAAAAUGCGAACCCAAAGAAGGUUCACUUCCAUUACGAUAUGAAUGGCAAAAACUGUCUGACUCUCAGAAAAUGCCCGACUCAUGGUUACCAGAAAUGACUUCACCUGUUAUAUCUGUAAAAAAUGCCACUUCUGAGUACUCUGGGACCUAUAGUUGUACAGUCAGAAACCGGGUGGGCUCCGAUCAGUGUCUGCUGCGCCUAGAUGUUGUUCCUCCUUCAAAUAGAGCUGGAACAAUUGCAGGAGCUAUUAUAGGAACUUUACUUGCUCUAGUGCUCAUUGGUUGUAUCGUCUUUUGCUGUCAUAAAAAGCGCAGAGAAGAAAAAUAUGAAAAGGAAGUUCAUCAUGACAUCAGGGAAGAUGUGCCUCCUCCCAAGAGUCGUACCUCUACUGCCAGAAGCUACAUUGGCAGCAAUCAUUCAUCCCUGGGAUCCAUGUCUCCUUCUAACAUGGAAGGAUAUUCCAAGACUCUGUAUAACCAAGUCCCAAGUGAAGACUUUGAACGUGCUCCUCAGAGUCCAACUCUCCCACCUGCUAAGGUAGCUGCCCCUAAUCUAAGUCGAAUGGGCGCUGUUCCUGUGAUGAUUCCAGCACAGAGCAAGGAUGGGUCCAUAGUAUAGAACCUCAGUACCUCUCAGCUAUGCUCUCUGUAUAUCUCUUCUUCUCUUGAUAUAAGAAUACAUAUUCUAGUCUAAAUUUUGUUAUCAGUUUCAAAUAUAUAAAAACAGACCUUGAUCAGAAAUUGUCAGAAAUAUACUUAAAGGUUUUUUUGGUUUUAUUGAGGGUAUUAAAGUUAGUAAAUAGACAUUCUCCAUCUGAAAAAUACAGAUUUUAUUUUAACAGGUUCAUUUUAAAGGUUUCUAAAUAUUAAUACCUAAGUAACAUUAUAGCACUUUGUAUAUGAAAUCACAGUUGAAGAAACUGGUGAAUUUACAUCCUUACCAAGUUGAUACUUGAAUCAUCUUAAAGUGGUAAAGAAACAUGGCAGAAAUCCUUAUGUAUGUUUAUACUUGUUUUUAUAGCUUCUUUGAAAACUCUUUAAGUCUAUUUGGAAUAUCUCUCAUAACAAGAAAACACCAUAAUGUGUUAGAAAUUACUAGUUUUCUAUCCAAGUUAUCAUAAACCUUAUACAGUGAUUUCUUAAAUUUAAUUGAUAGACUGCUAAGGGCAACAGGUACAUAAUAUGCUCUUUCAUAUACUAAAGUAAAAGAGCAUCAUUCAGAUUCAGUUUGAACACUGCCAUCAGUUCCAUGUACAGGUUUCCGUAUAGGUGCAAUAGUGGGGAGAUUUUUGUUGAGUGAUCUGAUGCCUGGAGGCCUAUGAUGGUCUUCAGAACAGUGACCAGCCAGAUCAAAGAUGUAAUAUUUCACAGUUCCAAGUAAACACUGGCUUUCCACCUUAAGUGUUAUUUUGCCUCAUGAAAAUAUUAUUUAAGUUUUUUUGUUUAAUCAUUGUAUAUUGAAAUUCCCUAAUUGGUUUUAAAUUUUAGGUUUUUAAAAAAAUUCAUUGUGGGGAUUAUUUGGAUAAUAUUGUGUUAUAUGUUCUAGAAACAUGUGAUUCUAAAUUUAUUCUCUUGAAUGCAUUUCCUGAAUAGUUUCAUCGUAGACUCAGAAUAAUCAAGUACAUACAUUUUAAGCAAUUAAGUGUUCUCCAUCCAUUCUCUAUCCAGACAUGGAGAAUGUCCAGUUGCUGUUGUGUGGCCAAACAUGUGUUUGUGUAGUUCCAACCAAUCAAGUUGAGCAUUGAAAAAGUUUGAGUCUUUGUUCUGUAAAAGUGAUUUAUUCUCUAAAAAAAAAAAAAAAAAAUGAAAAAUGAAAAAAGGGGUGAAGGGAAUACUCCUACUUGCCAAAUGUAUUAAGUAGUACUGUUUUAGUAGAAGAAAGUGAAUUUAUUGUAUUUCCCUUGAGAUUGUGAGGGAGUGUGGAAAUAGUAGAAUGAGCCAACAGUUUCUUUAUAGUAAAUAAGUUCUGCAAUAAAUUAUUUCACUAGCUCUAAAACCUUUUCCCUAGAUUUUGGUAGGGAGUUGGUUUCUGUUCAUCUUUUUGGGUGCUGUGGUGGUAAAUGCUGCAUUAUAAAAUUAAUGUUGGCAUGUUUUAUACAGUUAGGCAGAAUAUGGUAUACACUGUUUAAUGAUAAAUUUAAGAUGAAUGUGUAAUAGAUUAGUGUAUAGUUUUACAUAUUUGAAAGCAUUUUUUAGUAGGUUUUAAACCUUACAUAAAAUUACUUUUAUAUUUGUGUUAACAUUUUCAUCUGUGCCUUUUGGGUAAUUUACUUUCCAUUAUGAAUUUCUGGUGCCUAUGAGCUAGCUAUCACCUACUUCAGAGGUGCUUAGAGGUGAAGGUACUGUUGCUAAAAAUGCAUCACUGUGACAUCAUUCUAUCCUCAUGCUUUCAGUCUAGCCUCUUCCUGUCUGUUGCUUUUUGACUUAAGAUGAUUGUGUUAUUCAUAAAGAUGUAAAAAUUUCAACCUCCCCAACACUCUUCAACUGUGUUUCUGAUUUUAUAACAGUAGCUAUUUUUAAAUGUCAGGUGUUUAGCCUGUUUUAUAUGAAUAAAAUUUAUUUAUAAGAUAUUUUAAGAAUAAAGUAGAAUGCAAAGUUUUGGUCCUUACAUUUUCUGAUUUUUAUAUAAUGCAGAUUAUGUGAUCAAUCCAAGUAGAAAUUACUGCAGAAGGGAGAUAUGUGUAAGACUUUCCUUCUCUUAAAAAUCAUAUUUUGGCCAUAAGUAAAUCAGAAUCUCUUCCAGAAGGCUUUCAGUUCAGACACAUAACAAUGAUAAAAUGAGAAACAAGCUUUACAAAGUCAGCUGUGUAUCUUGAAGGGACCUAUGGGUAUAAGUAAAUACAGAGUAUAGUUUUAGGCUUCUAUCUGCAGCUACUCUCAUUGUAAACUUCACUUAAUCCAAAGGGUGGUACUAGUAAUUGCCUAAAUAAUGCCCACCAGUAGUUAAUUUGAACCAGAGAUCAGUUGUUUUAGAAUUACUAUUGAUAAUCAUCAAGUAGUUCAUCAAAAAAUUAUUAAAGCAUUUCAAUUAGAGGACCAGACAACACCAGUCAAGGAGGGUACUUACUGCAUCUUCAAAGCAAAACCAUUUAAUUCUACCUUUUACCUGCGAGACUUGACACCUUUUUAGGUUACCCAGAAAAAUUUGAAAUGAUACCAUAAUCCUGCAGUUUAAGUACAAAAUGCUUUAUGGGUGUAGCUGUUCUGACAAUCUUACACUAAUAUUCCUGUUGGCCUCCCAACCCAACCCUGUGUAAAAGUCUCUAAGAGAUUCUACUGAUCAGUUAUUUAUUCCUCUAAAGUUGAACAACUUCUGCAGACUUGUUCCAAUGGAAACACAGCUUGAGUGUGUCUUAGGGGGAGGUUAAUUGACAACAUUCAAAUCAUUAUUAAUAUAAAUUUUUUUAUUUAAAAGGUAAUUCUUUAAAAUUUGAGUCCUGGAAAUGUAGAAUAACUGGAAGGGGAAGUAGACAUUUCGAUUAAAAAGAGCUGAUUGCAUGAAGUUGGCUUUCAAAUUCUGUAAUAUGUGACUUCUUAAAAUAACUAUUCUCCAUGUCUUUUUGUGUGUGCGCAGCAUGUAAAUUUGAAGUUUUGUGAAUAUUCAGUUUUUUUUUCCUAACUUUCUCAACAGUGUUUAGGGCUUUCAGAUGCCUUAUUCCAGUGUGAACAGAAAAGGUCCAUAUUUUAUGUGGUUAAUACUUCAGUGUGUCACAUAAUGAGGAGUAGUUUGUAGAAAAUGUUGGCACAAUUUUAACUUAAAAUUUUAGUGGUGUGUGACAUUAUAUAUUAUAUAUAUAUAUGUACAUAUAUCUUUAUAACAUUCAUGUGUUUAGUAGUAUAAAUGUUCUGGGCAAGUUUUAAUAUUUCAAAUGCCUUUGGAUAUUCUAGCAAUAAAAGCAACAUGUUUGGCAAUAGGAUUUCUUAACUCAUUUGCCUAUUUUGUCACUAAAAUAUUCCAUAACUGAGCACAGAUUUCUUAUAUAAAUGUUGUGGAAGCAAGGAAGAAUUAUAAAUUUGUGAAUCGUGGUUCUGUUUAUUUCUUUUUAGGGAAAAUUGCUCAUUUAUAUAUGAAUGGUAACACCAGCUUCUUAAUUAAAAUUGUUUUAUAAAAUAUAUACUAUUUUAUAAUUAAAGAAUAUAGUGAAUGUCAGUUGGGUUUGGUUUUGAUUGUGGAUACUAAAAGUUCAUCAAAGAACUUUGUGUUUUCUGGUAUCUUAUUUAAUGUUACAAGUAUUAAGAGAACCACAAUUCAUUGAUUCACUUAUUCUUGUCCCUAACUAUAAAUUUUAGUGAUGAAAUCCACUUGUGCUACUGAGAAAAAUAUUUGACACUUCACAUAUGCAAAGUAGAGAACUGAUAGUGUCAAUUGCAGAUUUUUGUAUUUAAAAUUUCUGGCUUACAUAUCCAAUGGUGCAGAUUUUGAAAUUUGUAAGAACAAAAGUUGUUUAAGAAAACAAAAACUUGCUCUAGUUUUGUGACCUUGUGUAAUUUUGAAAUAAAAUCAAGGAAGUAGUU